AUGAUUAUUGAUACGGUAUACGAGAGUAUUAUCAAAAAACUAACUACAGAUGGUAAAAUUGAAAAUAUGUCUCAGGAACUGAGGAAAAAGGAUAACAAUAACGAUAGAGUUCUGUUUGUGUACAAGAUCUUUGAUGAUUAUAAUUUCUUUCCAAAUACUUUAGAAGUAAGUAAAGAUGAAAAUGCAUCCACUCACUAUCGUAACCUGGGCAACCAGUCCUAUACAAAAAAAGAUCUAUAUAAAGCUUGGCAGUAUUAUAACUUGUCUUUAAUGUAUGCCCCAUCUGAUUCUAUAAGUUUUUGUUUAGCUUUAUCUAAUAGAUCUGCAGUAUUUUUUGAAUUAAGUAAGUAUGAGGGUUGUUUACGAGACAUUGAUCUUUGUUUUUCAUAUAAAUAUUCUGAACAAAUUAAGGAUAAAUUAAUUAAAAGAAAAGAGUUAUGUAUUGAAGCCUUAUGUAAGAUUAAAAAGGAAGAAGAAGAUCCAGAAAUUCAAGAUAUUUUGUCAUUUAAAGGCCUAAAAAGUGAACAAUAUGUAGGGGCAAAUUUAAAACUCAAAGUUGUUUCUUCUAAGGAAAUGGGAAGACAUGUUGUAGCACAACAAGAUAUAAAAGUUGGUGAAAUAUUGGUUGAAGAACAGCCAUACACUCAGAUUAUAUCACGAGACCAGAUGUUGUUUGCAUGCAAUCAUUGUCUUUCCACACAAAUAAAUCUUAUUCCAUGUAAAGAUUGCUGUUUUGCUUUAUAUUGUAGUGAAGAAUGCAGAAAUAAUUCAUGGAAAGAAUAUCAUUAUGUUGAAUGCCCAUUAAUGCCUACACUAUUAGAUAUGAGCUUCACAAAGCUUGAAUUACUGGCUUUACGCAUUGUAAUAAAAGCUAGGAGUGAACAUGACGAUUGGAAAAGCCUAUAUAAAAUAAUUGAAGACGCUGAAUCAAAUGUAGGUACUGAAUUCCAUGGACAUGUAAAAGUUGGGGACAAAUGGAUUUAUGAUUCCAAAUACUAUACAUCAAUACAUACACUGGCUACUAAUUUUGAUAAGAGAUCUGUAUCAGACAUUUUUCAGAAAUCAGUGACCGCAGCUGUGUUUUUAAAAUUUUUGUUGGAUAAAACAGAUUUAUUAAAUGCUGAUAGUGAUGAGGAAAAAAAUGAAAUUUGCCAAUGUGUGGCGGGCUUACUGUUACUUCAUAUUAUGACAGUUCCAACAAAUAUGCAUGGUCUUACAGUGACUACCGAUAAUGGUGAAGGGAAAUAUGUAUCAGAAAUAAAUGUAAGUAGUGGCGCAUAUGCGUUCCACAGCCUAUUUAACCAUUCAUGUGCACCAAAUGUUGUAAGAUUCACAAAACAUGGUACAAGCAAAAUGAAAUUGUUUGCUCUGAGACCAAUUAAGAAAGGGAUGCAGAUAUUUGAUAAUUAUGGGUUCCAUCAUGGAUUAGAGGACUGUAUGGAACGACAAACAACUCUGAGGUUCCAAUACAAGUUUACUUGCAUGUGUGAAGCUUGUGUCAACCUUUGGCCCACAUAUUUUCAAUUACUUAUGCAUCGAAAGAGGAUUCCAAACAAAAUCUUAAGAAAUAAGAACAAAUGGUUAACAACAAACAUAAUAGAUAGGUUACAAAAUGGUGAUAUGGAUACUGUAAGAAAAUUCUAUCAUAAAAUUUGUGCUUUGUGUGAAGAGUUAGACAGUUUUGCACCCAGUACUGAGUUAUGUGACUGUCAGGAAGCACUUAAACAAUGUCUAUUUAUAUUGCAAGGCUUGGUUUUGUAUGGUUAUAACCAGAAGGUGGAUUGGACAUUGAAACCAUUCUAAUAUUUAUGACUCAAUAUUUUUGAUUUUCAUUUAACUUUGUCUUUGUUACAUGGUUCUAAUUAAAAUAUAUUUUGAUUUAAGUUUAUCCAAUAUUAUAAAUAUUUGUUACACAGAUAAGAUUUUACUAAAAUUAUUAAUACUUUUAUAAUUGUAAUUUUUUUUAAAGUAACAAAUCACUGAAAGAGUAUAUUAUAUUUCUUAAAUAAUACUGACAUAUAAUUUAAAUGUAAGUGAUAUAAUCAAUAAAUUUUUACAGUUAAACUUAUUUCUACUAUACCCAAAAUUUGAUUUGAGAUAAAAAUUAUAAAUGUUAGUAAUUAAAAAAGCAUAAUUUAAAAUUUUCUUUCAAUUAUUUAAGUGAUAAUAAUAAACAUAUCUCACAAUACGGCGCUAAAAUUAGUUUAUGAUCAUAUGAAGUUACGUGGUCCAUGGUACACUUCUAAGAGUUUAAACCAAAUACCCGUUUAAACGCCUAGGUACCAACAGAACUAUUUCGAAUGAGCUAUUUAUAUUAGCAAGAUUUUAAGAAACAUUUGAGAUUAUUCAUCAGUGACUAUGGAAGCUUUAAAUUAUAGUUUUUUUUAUUCUGUUAAGUUUUGGCAUUAUAAAUGUAAAUUAAACAUUAAUUAUUUUAACAACCCGCCAAAACGCUUCCUUAUGCAAUAUGGUGUCGCAAGCGCAACAGUCACUAUGACGUAUCAUGCCUGUAAACACGUUAACAAAUGUCAAGUUUUAACGUGUUAAUUAUCAUUCUCCAAGAUAGUAUUAAGAUUUAACAGGCGAAGACAAACUAUUUACUGGCAUGUUACGUCAUCGUCGAUUCGACUAAUCGUAACCAAUUUGUGUCACAUGACUGACAUAUAAAAUCAAUAUUAUUAAUUAUAGUUUUUUUUUAAUUAAUGAAUAUUUUCAUAUAUACAAUAUUUUUUUAUUUAAAUUUAAAAACCAUGUUUUAUACAGAUAACUCUAAAUAACACUUUUUCUAAUACGUUACCCCAUAGGUUGGAUCUAUCGCUUGAGUGAUAUUGCACACUCAAGCGAUAGAUUGCGCUAGUCAAUAAAAAGAGGUUGAUGCUAAUUAUUAUCGUUUAAUAGAAACUACAUUAUAACUUUUCUCCUAGCUUAAAUAACUUUUAACUUUGGAUUUAUUUAAUCUAUUACUUUUAUUAAGUUGAGAAAUACUAUAAUUAUUUUUUAAAUAAAACUUACUAAUAACUAAAUUAUAUGGAGACGAUUAUUUGGUUAGGUUUAGAAACUAAGCAGUAGGAGGUGAUCAAGAGAUGUAUUGAGAAUUGAACCAGAGACAAGUAAAAUGUUAUAAAACUUAAGUCACAAUGUAUUUAUAUUUCGUUUUACGAAUGUUAACUUUUCACAAUGUAAACUUAAUAUAGAUUUUGUUUCAAUAUUUUACACAGAUAUCAGUUUAAAUUGAGUAUUUAAAAAUCAUGUACUUUGCGAGGUUACGUACACUUGUAACCAGUAGAGCUAAAACAGUAAACCAAACUAACGCCAUCUGCGACAUAAAGUUUAGGUAUCUACGUAUGUUUAGUCUAUAAUCUAAUAACAGCUGUAAUCUAGACAACGGCGGGACAGGAGAUAAAUACUUUGGGAGUCAUCCUUCCUCACAAGUAGGUUUACAGUUUUUGAGCUUAUAAUACAAUAAGAGUGAUAAAUCAUUGUUAUAUCGUUACUUACUAAAAAUUACUCAAUUGUAUUAAAUAAUAAUAUAUGAAA